AUGAAUAGAAUCAUUAGAUUUGGAUUUGCUACUUACGAGUCAUUGAUACAGAAAUUAAGCAGUGCUGAUGGUCCCACAACUAUUUUACAAAUAUUCUAACAAAACAAAGAUUUAUUUAAGCAAGAACAUGUGGUGCUCUCUUUGAGAAUGUUGGGUAGAUAUAGUAGAUAAUUGACACACGAUAACAGCUAUUCUGAAUUAACUUCUAAGUUAAAUGAUAUUGUGGAUCAGUUGACUGAAUAUGAUGUUAUCGAUGUGUUGUUUUGGUUGAGGAAAUUUAGAUAAAAUAAAAUACCCACCAAUUUCCAAUAAUAGGCUUAAAUCAGAUUGUUCUAGAGAAUCCAAUAGAUGUCAGAGAAUGAAAUGUUCUCCUUCAGAAAUAUGUGUAAUGUCUAUUUCGACUUAUCACUCCUUAAUCAUUCAAAUGACCAAUUAGCAAAAUCAAUAUCUGAAUAGCUCCUCACCACCAAAUAGCUAUCCCCAUUCUUAAUCAUCCAACUCUUCAGUUCCUUGGUGGUCAAGAUAAACAAUUGCUAGCUCUCCAAAAAUGAUAAUUAAGUCCUUACCAACUCAGUUAAAGUAGUGGAAGGUCUCUUGGAAGAAUUAGACGUUGAGCAGAAAUCAUUACUCUUCAAAAAUCUAGCUGAAAUACAAUUUCAAAACAUCGGACCCAAAUUUUAAAUCCCCAGUCUAGUAAAGCAAGUCAAGGAACUCUUACUAUAGAAGAUCGAAUUAUUACAGGAGGACUCUGUCCUUAAUAUCUUUAAGGCCUAUGCAAGUCUACCAAGAUAUUUUGAAAAUGACCUUAUCAAAGAAUUGAGAGAUAUGAUAGUAACAACAAUUGAACAGAACCCUAACAAUUUAUCAUCAAAAUUCUUAGUACAUCUGAUUGAAAGAAUUAUAAACAAUCAAAUUACCAAAUUCCCUUAAGAAAUGAUGAGGAAAAUCAUUAAAGAGUUGGCAGCAAGAAUUCAAAAGAAGGAAGUUGAACCUCAACUCAUAAGUUAAUUAUCCAAUAGUCUUUUGAAUUCCAAAAAGUAUGAUGAUUUGACAGCAGCUAUAAAAGAAAGUGGAGAAACUAACGUUAAAGUUCUCAGUUAUUUAUAUGUAAGUGGACAAAACAUGAAGGAGUACGUCGAUUAAUAUGUUUUGAACUCAGAAUCAAAGAGAAUCAACAUUUACAAUGCUUUACAUUACUUAAUCUUCGCUCAUAGAGAUGCUUAAGAACAUGUAGAAAAAUUCAUGAGCAUCUGCAAAUCAUUAAUUAAAUAAAAUCCACAAAAUCUAUUAAAAACAAUCCUUGAAAUCAAGGUCGUUUCUACAAUCAAGUCUUAAAUACAAGAGGAAGCAUUUAUGUAGCUCAUUGAAGAUAUCAAAUCCAAAAAGAAUGAUCUCUAUAAAGUGCUCAAGGAAUUGUUGAAUUCUUGCAUCAAUCACAAAUGUAAAUCAGCUUUAUUGCAAUUAUGUGAACAACAAGAUACCAAGAAUUUAGGAAGAGUAAUCUUAAACAAAGUUAUUGGUGAUUUAGAAGAAUUUGAUUCUGACAAAUUAUCCAUCAUUUUACAAUUGCUACAAAAGGAUCCAAGUGGUAUUCCACUUUUCAAAUUUGUUGAUUAUUUAACUUUGAGCAUUUCAAACUUAUAAGGAUUAUUGAGAAGCGAUCAAAUCUAAUGGGUUUGUUAGGUUAUAUUGAAUGCCUACUAAAAUUAAUCAACAUCCAGAUUGAAUGUAAUUGUCAACUUUGCAUAAAGAUUUGAAAGUGCUGGUUACACAAGCAAAUCCGUUACUUAAUUGAUUAAAAAAGUAUCUGAGAUUUACAGAGCAGCCAAUCCUAAUACUCCAUAUCCAGAUUCAAUCUUUGUUUAAAUGUUGAUUGAUUAGAAUAUUCUUACACCUGAAGAUGCUGUCAUUUAGUUGAAUAAUGAAAGAUCUUAUCAAUUUUUGAAAAUUUAGUUAUGUGGUGUUGCAUUGACCUUAGAGAAUCCUCCAGAGAAUGUAAUUUAAUUAAGUGAGAAAAUUAAAGCUGAUUGCUAAUUAGAUUCUGAAGAUAUCAAAAUAAAAUAAAUAUAAGAAAUCUCAUGUUUAUUCAAAUUGACUCAAGAUGAAAUCGAUAAAAUUAGACUUCAAAUCAAGACUUUAGCAUCUAAAAUGACAUCUAGAUAAUACUAUGAGUUGGUAAUGUAUUCCAAAGAAGUUGCAAUCAUCAAAGAAUUAGCAUUCCAAUUCCCAUCCUUUAAUACCAAAUUAGGGUUUAUUAAAACUUUAAAGAUUGUUGAAAAGUUCUAAAAAUAUCAUCUAUCAAAUCAAAUGAUCUAUAACAUACUUUUAGAGUAAUAUGGGUAAUCCUUCAAUAGCAUUUAUAAUGAAUUGAGAAUCCAACUCCUCUUAGUAUUGUAAAUUGGUAAACUUAAACAAGUCGAUGUAUUUUCUAAAACUCUUGAGAAGAUUAAUAAAUCCCCUCAAGCAUACAAACCCUUCCUUUAUGAUCUUUUAGAAAGUGUCAUCUAAUUGGGCAUGACUGAAAAUGAAAUCUUAACACAAGUUAAAAUUUUGAGUGAAAAAGUAAAUCUAAGCAACACAUAAAAAUUGAAAGUGAUUCACUAUUAUGUUAUGGCUGGACGACCUCUCGAGGAAAUCGAGAUAUUAGCAUAGAACUUUGAAAACUUCAAAACCAAAGAUACAUAUAGAAUUAAUUUAAUCUAUGAAAUUUUGAAGAGAGAAUACCCAGAUUCGAAAGUAACAUAACUUCAUGAAACCUUAACCAAAGAAGAGAAAACAACAAUUUCUUUCAAAAAAAGUCAAUUUUCUAUUGAGUAUAUCCAAACUCUCUUGCAGGCAGUAGGAGUGCAAGUUGAGAUUAACCAUCAAAUAGAAAAAAUUCAAAUUGAAAUUUAUCUACCUUAAACUCAAUAAUCAGUCCUAAUCCUUUCAGGAUACAACUUAAAUUAUGACAAGCAAUCAUUGACAGGCUAAGGCAUUUUGUAAAAGAAGUUACUAUCACUUAUUACAAAGCAGGUUUGUAUUGUCAAUUUUAAAGAAUUAAUUGAUAUAACAAAUUAUGAAGAGAAAGUUAAAUAUUUAUAAAACUCAGGAAUUCAAAUCACUGUAGAUCCAGCAUAAGCUGAUUAUACUGCUCUCAAGCAAUUAGAAAAGAGAGAGAGCUAGAAAAAACAAAAUAAUAAUAGAAAUUAAUAAAAUCAACAACAUGAAUUAGAUGAAACAUAAGAACAAAUAGAAGUCCCCUAAUGAGUUCUUUAAUAUUUCUAUUAAAUAUUAAUAAAAUAUAAACAAAUUCUA